AUGGGUAAAGAUACUUCAAAAAUACUAGAAGCACAAUGUUUCUUCGAAAGUAAUUUUUAUCAUUUAUCGGACAUAAAGCCAGAAAUUAAUUUCAAAAAUGAAGAUGCAAACAAUUAUGUUGAGGAAGAUAUACUUAAUGAAUUUUCUAUCGGUAAUAUAGAUAUUAAAUCCAAUUUAACAACUGUAGAUAAAAUAUUGGUACCAACGGAUUGUAAAAUAGAAGAUGAAAAUGUAGAAAAUAUCCCAUUAUCAAAACGGUUAUUUAAUAUUGAAGAAAUUAGACACAAGUAUAAAGAGUUUAUGAAGGAAUGGCAAUGGCUUUGUCAAGAUUGUACUGAAACAUUUCAAUCUGAAGAUGAAUUAUCAGAACAUUAUACUUUAAUUCACAAUAAAUCUAUACGCUAUAAAUGUAUUGAAUGUAAUAAAUGCUCAAAUACAGAAAUUAAGUUUUGGAAGCACAUAGAAAAUCAUAUGAAAAAGACCAAUCAUAGGUGUGAUAUUUGUAAAACGUUUUUAUCGUCUGCUACUAAAUUAAAAAACCAUGUUGAAACAUAUCAUCAGUCAGCUGGAAAAAGAUAUCAUUGCAAUAUAUGUGAUAAGUACUUUUUAAAAGAAAAUAUAUUAAAAUUACACAGCCGUACACACGAAGAAAAUCCCAAUAGUGUAAAAGACAGACAGUAUAAAUGUGACGAAUGUGAUAAAUUAUUUUUAUCGAUUUAUACAUUGAGAAAUCACAAAAAAUCACAUGUAGGAAUACGAGAACAUAUUUGUGAACAUUGUGGAAAACGAUUUUGGCUUAAAAAAUAUUUAAUCGAUCAUGUUAAAUCGCACAAUCAAGAUAGGCCAUAUAAAUGUGAUUUAUGCUCGGCAAGUUUUAAAGUAAAAAUGUAUUUAAGAAAGCAUCGUUUUUUACAUACUGGUAUUAAAAAAUUCCAAUGUGAUAUUUGUGGUAAAAAAUUUCCCAGGAAACAUGGUUUAGAUCAACAUUCUGUAACACAUUCAGAAUCAUACCCGUUUGAAUGUGAUGUUUGCAAUCGGCGAUUUAAAACGAAGCGAAAUUAUUUGGGACAUCAAAGAACCCAUACCGGUGAAAAACCAUAUUCAUGUAUAGAUUGCAAUAAACAUUUUGCAUGUGCGGUAAGUUAUGAUGCACAUAUGGAAAAAAAUCAUGGUGUUAUUAAAGUUAAAAAGACGUAUAUUUCAAUGAUAGUGACAAUUAAAGGUAAAACUGAAAUCCAUUAA